GUGUGUUUUUGACAUCGGUAAACGCAGUCGUGAACUUCGGAGCGCAUAGAUACUUUUAUUUAUAGUUUUAAUCGAAUAAAGUCGCUUUGCGUUUGUGAAUACCUGUGCUCAACCGGGAUACAAUAAAUAUGAGUAUUGCUGCUCUAAUCCAAGCUGCUGAAUUCAUCGAAAGGCGCGAUAGAGUGUACUUUGUUGCAGAAGCUGAGCACGGAUACGCGUCGAGUUUGCCGGCGUACGAAGAGUCCCGCUCUGGCGGAAGGCGUCCGAAGACCAAGAAAUCGCAGGGCAGCAGGACGACUCAUAACGAGUUGGAAAAGAACAGGAGAGCACACUUAAGAAGUUGUUUGGAAAAAUUAAAGGACAUGGUACCCCUCGGGCCCGAAGCGUCACGGCACACAACACUAGGUUUAUUAACAAAAGCGAAAAGGUUUAUAAAGAGCUUGGAAGAGCGAGAGAAGAGGCACGUGAGUCACAAGGAACAGCUGGCGAGAGAGCAGCGCUACCUGCGGCGGCGGCUGAACCAGCUGUGCGACGCGCCGCGGGACUCGCGCCUCUCCGACAGCGCCAUGACACACACGCACGCCACGCGGGCAGACUCCAUGUCCUCGCUCGAGUCCUCAUCGUCUGGCGUGUCCACGGCGGAGAGGUCGCCCUCCUCAGUCUCUGAGAGUGAUGAGGUAGACGUGAUUGGCUACACGUCGAACCAGAGCGAUAGCGAGUCUCUGGUGUCGGGUCACAGCGGCGACAGCGGCGUGGGAGUGGGUGCGAGCGCGCGGCGGCGGGCGCGCACGCCGCUGUCGCGCGCCGCCGACACGCCCCGGACGAGGCGCCAGGCGCGCUCCCAGAAACACGUCUAGGUGGAGGGUGCGCGGCGCGGGGCGAGCUGGGCCGACAUCGGCUCGCGGCUAACGUUAUCACUUCAUAACGUAAACAAACGUAGGACAUUUUGUUGAUACAUGUACUAAGGCGACUGUUGUUGAUGUGACUGAACUUAACGCCGGCGACAUCGCGACCGUUCCCCGCGACUGUGACUCGGCGACGACACCUACGCCCGCGCCGCACACACACCGACACACACACGGACACACAUACAUACACACAACACACACAUACACACACACACAUAACACUGUACACGUGAACACACUACACACCUCUGCGAACCAUCACUAAGUACAAAAUUGCCAAAAAUUUAUAUUCAAAGUUUAUUUUUCACAUUUCAGACGAAUUUGUAUUGUUUUUUUUUUCUUAUUCUUUCUAUUUAAUACCGAGCUUGGCUCGUUUGGAUGAGUUGCAAUAUUGUGUAGUCUCGUGGCGCGAUGUGUAUUCCAUACAUUAACGAUUUUACAUCGACGUCACAUAUUCCACUGUGUUGAAAACACGCAAUGUGUGCAAAUCUUUAUCUACCUACAUAAUGUCACUAUAAUUUUAAUAUAUUAUAUUUUAUAUCAUACAUUUAUUGUAAUAUGUAUGCCUCGGGGGCCGAUCAUCGCGUUUUCCAAACACCUCGUACAAAUGUAUACCUACAGGGCCCCGUUCGCCCACAUUUUCAAAUUACCAUGUUAUUUUUGUAUUUAUUAUUAAAUUUUUCAUAAUCGAAUAUAAAUUUUAAAGGUCUUAGAAAAAAUCGUUUUUGAAAACAUUAGGUACUUAUUGUUAUUGAUUUCCACAAAACUUGCUAUUAUAGUGUAUGUUGUAUAGAUAUAUCAAUUUUAUAUUUUGUAUAUAAUUAUUUUUCUUGUAAAAAUUAAUCAAAUAGAAUUAGAUCUGCGUAAGCGCCGAUUUGGUAAAAACUUUUUAUAAUUGGGUCUAACACAAAACAAAAGGAGCCCACCAAAAAUUAUUUUGUUUUAUUUUUAAGUCAAAUAACUGUCUAACAAAGAUUUCUAUACAAAUUCAGGUACUGACACGUUCGGCUAUGAGAAUUAGUUUUAUAAUCGCGUUGGUCGCCAUUUUCUUUCAUAUUCAAUAAAAUCGUUUUUUUUAUACACUGACAAUGAUUUCGCGAACCGAAGUAUACAAUUAUUAUUAAUUUGAGUAAAACAUGUCUUGUUGUAGCCUAUGUGAUUAGACGCGUUGUUUAGAUUGCGCCGAUGAGGUUAUGUUACGCCAUAUUUCUCGUCCUUACGCUAGAAACAAAUCUCAUUCGCACGGUCUAAACGAACGCUGAGACCGUAUUCUGAUGACUUCGAACUAUGCUACACUUGCUCUGUUGAAGUAUAGAUGGCGCUAGCUGUGCAGAUAGCAUCAUUUCUGCUUCACAACGGAACCAAGACUGCUUGAAACAUUCAGAAUAUGGCCUCAAAUCAUUCGGGUGAACACACGCUCGUGUUAAUCACCCCAUACGUUCACUCAUAUGUAAUUUUUAUUUUUUAAUAAAAUACGCAGUUGUUGUACACAACACGAUAUUAUGUUCUGUUAUUUUAGACUUUAUUUCUCAGUGGCAUACAGUCCAAAAUCGCAUGACAACCAACUGCUCGUAAUACAUCACCCACUAACCAUCGUAUUGUUAAGUAUUAAUAUUGAAUUAUAAUUAAUGAUCUCACUUUUGUCACACACGAUCGGCUAAGUAAAUGUGUCAUACACCAACUGCUAACGAUACAUUUUGAGAAAUAUACUUUACAAUGGGUCAAGAUCUUCCCAUGCAAUAUAUACUAAAAUAAUACUUCCAUAUUUUAUAUACCUAAUCUCUUUUAUCACUUGACUUGCAUAACAUGCUCCGAGUUAAACAAAUAUUGAUUGCACACUUUGCCUUACCACUAUUGCCAUCUUUAUCACACAAGCGCCAACCUGCGAUUGCGAGAGAGAGAUGGGAAUAAUAUUGAGUAUAAGUGUGCAAUGAAAAUUGUGUUUAAGUCGGUAUUUCUUUUUAUUUAGUUGACUUCGCGCCUCCCCGCGGCAUAUGACGUCACUCGUCGGGCGUGAUGACACAGUUAUUUGGUAGCGAUUCUAAUUUAUGUGGACAUUCAUGUACCAAAAAAGUAAUAUAUUAUACACGACUAAACCUGGACAAUACAUUGUGUUACAAAAUUUUCACGAGAUGACAUCUAAUGAGUACACAUAUAUUUUUGUUAUGACUAUAUCUUGUAAUAAAUUGUUGAUUCAUUUCUGAAAUGAACGACUGAACUUUCAUUGUAUUAUAUUAAUUUCAGUAAAUAUCUAUCGGCAUUCGGUGGGGCUUUGUUCGAGUCAAUCUCAUAACUUCCUCUUUGCCCGACUGAAUGAGUUACGUCUAAAUAUAAUUUGCAUAAAAUAUUAUUGUAAAUUGUUUUAGGUAUGGAUGUUUAUAAUAAGGAUAGUUGUAAACGUAUUAUCAUUUGUAAGUAUAAUGUUUGUUUUAAUGACAGUUUGAUCUCUUACGGUAAUGUACGCGACGAGGGCGCGGGGCGUGACGUCACGCCCGGCCCGCGCAUGCGCGCUCGCUCGCCCUCUCAUAUGUUUUACAUCACAUUUGUUGACACGUUUACUGUUAUAAGGACUUCCUCGACUUCUCGACUGACUGACUGUUGUAUUGAACGAUUCCAUCCAUCCGUUAGUUCAAAUAUUCAACUUUAUUGUUAAUGUUACAAUUGUUUGGUCGCGCGGCGAGCGAGCGCCGCCGGGCCCGAUGUUAACUCAGUCUGGGCGCUCAGACUAACGCCUCUGUCAGAAUAUUUAGAUCCACAACAAAUUAUUUAUCUUUCGGUUAUUAUUUAUGUAUCACAAAAAUAUUUAAUUUAUUGUUAGAACAGUGCUUUGUCGUUUUGAAUCGUACCAGUGUUUCGCUUCGACCACGUGGCGCGGACACGAGUGUAGUGUGGAACUGUUGCAUACUUGGGUGCAAGCGGCGACGGGACGCUUUAAGAGUACAAAUUCUGUAUAAGCCCCCUUGUGUGUUAAUUAUAAAUAUUAAUUUUAAACCACGAAACAGGGAGAAGGUAUCGUCAGAAUACGAAUGUAGUUAGCGCGGGUGACGUCACGGCGUCAGUGGCCAGCGGAGCAGAGCGCUCUGCCUUCGAUGUUGUCUCUUCAAUAUUACGUUAGGUCCGGGCCGGGCCGGACGCGCACUGUACGCGCGCACUCUUAUUAGAUAAGAAAUGUCUUAUUAGAAAUGAAUUGCAAUAAAUCUCGUCGAAGCCGCCCGCCGGCUCGCCUCCGCGACCCUUUACCCAACUUAGUCGCUGUAAAAUUAGUCCGGCGUUGUAAAAAAAUAUCAGUGCAUUUGUAAAUAUUGGAGCCAAAAUUUUUAUACAAAUUAUUUCAUAAAUAUAUUCUUGGACCAAGUUGUGCGCUGAGGCGAGUCGCGGCCGGCUGCUGCCGCGCUCCUCGCUCCCGACACCCACACGGGGGCUGCUAUUAGUAGAAACCUGACCAGGGUGCCACUACAAAAUAUACCUGUCCCAACAAGCCACGAGAUCUGAUAAAAUAAUAUAGGUAGGUAACAUGCAACAUAUUUAUAAAAUACUCAACAGAACUAUGAUCAAUUCCUCGUAUAACGUUCAGAUCACAUGGUUUGUUGGGGUUAUUUUGCUGUUGCAUUUCCAUGGGCCAAAGCUCACAGCAUGGUUUCUGCUACUAAUAACGGCCCCCACGGCCGGUAUAGGGUCUUAUGGUCUCUGUCGGGAGCGUCGAUUUUCCCGAAGCUAUGUGUUGUCGCGAGCAGCCAUAUUGUCUGAUCGUAGAGGCAAACAUUAGGUACUAUGUGACUAUGCUGAUGAGACUUGGCAGCAUUAUUCAAUGUAAUUGACGAAACGUGGCACAUAUAAUUUACUUUAUGUAAAAAGUUAUAGAAAUAAUUAAUUUAAUAAAAAUUAUAAAUAAAUG